AUGUCUAGAGGCCUUCAACUUUACUUCCCUAUGCGUAGCGGCAUCGUCGCGAGGAAUAUCUGGUCAUUAUCCUGGGAGGGAGACCCAUGGCACUUACGGUCACGUCCGCCAUCUCUCUCAUUGACGGGCACCAGCGAUAUGCCAAUCUUGCCGGGGAUCCUCAAAUCCUCGCUGGUCUACGGGAAGAUUACAAACCUCCUACGGAAGGUUGACGGCGCGUGCUGCGAGGUCCUCGUCCAAACCAACUCGGUUCGAGACCCGCCUCCAGAUGGAGCGGUCGAGCUGGCAUGGCACCAGAGAGCGAUCGAGCGGAUAGGGAAGGACGCACCCCAAGGUGUUAAGAGCGUCCGGCAUACCUGUGUCUUGCCGUCGCACAACUCACAGAAGACUGGAACACCAAAGUGA